GGGCUCAGACUUACAGCUCAGAGAAGCUAUUCUUGGAUAUCCUGAACCCCUGUGGUCACCCAGGACCCUGAGUUGUGCAACACUCAGCCUAUGCUUAAAAAUUUCCCACCUCACCCCGGGAUUCCAUUUCCUCAUCCACAGGGCUGCCUAUAAAGAGCAGGGGAGAUGGCUUCGCAAAGCAGAAGGACGCAGCCAGCAGUGAGUGCCUGCUCCCAUCUCUGCUCUCCUGACAAGCGAGCUCACAGUUCAUCUGCUCAGCAUCAUGAAGGUCUCCGGGGCUGCCCUGGCCGUCCUCCUCUGCACCAUGGCCCUCUGCAGCCAGGUCUUGUCUGCACCAGCUGGUGCCGACACCCCGACCGCCUGCUGCUUCACCUAUGCGGCUCGGCCGAUUCCACGUACAUACAUCGUAGACUAUUUUGAGACCAGCAGCCAGUGUUCCAAGUCUGGUGUCAUCUUCCAAACCAGAAGAGGCCGGCAGGUCUGUGUCAACCCCAGUGAGGACUGGGUCCAGGAAUACGUCGCCGACCUGGAGCUGAAUGCCUGAGUGGCCUGGCAGCUUUGAGGAACCCAGUGACCUCAGUGGACCAACAGGAGGCAGGGGCCUGAGCCUUGGAAACACCCCUGUCACCUCCACAGCUACCUCUCCUGUGGGCUGGUUGUUGCCAGCACCCACACUCUGGGACUCUUCCUAACUUAAAUUUCAGCUUAUUUAUACUAUUUAAUUUUUGUAAUUUAUUUUGAACAUCAUGCUGUGUUUGGGACUAUUUGCUCCAAGAGAUCUCGGGAUACCUUCUUCACCACCCUCCCCUCCCCCUUCACUUGCACUGUGAUUGGUAACAAUUGAGCGACUCAUCAGUUUGUUCUGGGCGGAGGUGGCGCCAAAGCCACCAGACUGACAUAUAUGUAUGAAACGUUUCUGCUCAGUGCUGUGUUCAGCAUGGAGAAAUAAUAAAGAUGCUCUUUUUAAAAAGUAAA